AAGGGAAACACGGAAUCAGCGAAGCAGAGCGGCGAAAAAAGUGAAUUGGAACAGUGUCUAUCUGAAGUCGGUGAUCGAGCAGCUCUUGUUCAAGCACUUCGUCGAUUACGCGAUCAGAUAACCUCGUUGGCAGAUAGUUUGGAUACUUAUGCUCUUUCCAACAGCGCUUCCAUGGGCAAUGCUAGUCUGCAACAACAAACGCUAAAAUCUGGCUCUGAAGUAAGUCCUACCACAGUUUCAUAG